AUGGAGAUCGAUCCGCGUCUGCGUGCUGGCAGUGACACCGGUCCUGCCAACGGCACAGCAGCCGGUCGCUCAUAUAUUCCAUCCCCCGCCUCCAGACAUCCCGAGACCACUGCCGGCCCUUCCGCUCCCACAACCAGCGACUACCCUGAACCUCCUUCCCCCUUCUCCCCGGCUGACCAGUUGCGAUCCGCCGUCUCGUCCUCGAGUGGGCCCAGCUACUUCGGCAGCGCCGCGCAGUCCCAGUCGACGCAAUCUAUAUACUGCAGCGGGCCUGAUCCUGGGUCUGCUCUCGGCACCACUUCCCGACUUGACUCCGUCGACCCAAAUGACCCCUAUGCAGAGCUGAGACGUCCGCGCGCCUGUGAAGCUUGUCGACAACUUAAAGUCCGGUGCGAGCCGGACCUCACCCACCCCAAUGGAACGUGUAAACGGUGCGCGAAAGCUGGCAGAAACUGUAUCGUGACUCUCCCGACACGCAAGCGCCAGAAGAAGACGGACAGCCGCGUCGCAGAACUGGAGAGAAAGAUUGAUGCCUUGACCGCCAGCCUGCAGGCUUCCCAGGGCCAUGAAUCUCUUCCGCCGCCUGCGCCGCUCGACCCACCGCGCGAGGAGCCCGUGGGAAGGCGCUGGCUGUCAUCGACAACGCAUGCUCCCUCCAACGGACCUGUGCCUCUAGGUUCCCCAAAUUGCUCGACGGGGACCAAACGGCGACACAGUGGAGACGCUAAAGAGGUUGCCGCACCGGUGUGUUCCCGCCAUUCGAGCCCUAGCGAAGAACAAGUGCUGUAUAACAAGGCUAUCAGACAAUGGCGCGCCAUGGGAUACGGACCGGAUCCUCAAUCAAAGGAUGAAGCUGGCGAGGGGGGUGGGGAUAUCAUUGAUAGAGGCCUUGUGAGCGCUACCUUGGCUCAGGAGGCAUUUACCAAAUUUACGGAUCAGAUGGCCAACCAGAUUCCUUUGGUGGUGUUCCCCCCAGGAACAACAAUGCAUGAGGUGCGGCAGAAGAAACCGGUGCUGUUUCAUGCGGUCAUUGCGUCUGGGAUUGGCACCAUUCAACCCCAGGUCCAAUUAUCUCUUCUAAAUGACUUUUACAAGGUGCUCGCAGAACGAGUCAUUGUGAAAGGUGAAAAGUCUCUUGACCUGGUUCAGGCGAUCCUGGUUUGCUGCAAUUGGUACUCGCCGCCAGACAACUUUGAGGAGGUAAAAUUCUAUCAGUUGUCGCACAUAGCCGUCUCGAUAGCCAUGGAUCUAGGUCUUUAUCGAAAGGCAAUUCCCAAGUCCAGGCCUUUCGCUUUGGUCAAGGAACUCAUCUCGAAGAAAUCGUCCGUAGUAUUAGACCUGGAUUCGCCGGAGGCGAGAAGGACCUGGCUCGCGUGUUACUUCCUUGCCGUACAGGUUGCUAUCUCUUUGAGGCGCGUGAAUCUCGUGCGAUGGCUCCCGUACAUGGACGAGUGUGUGGAGAUACUCGAAAAGUCUCCCGACGCCUUACCGUCCGACAAGGCCAUGAUCCAGUGGGCGAAGCUGGCGCAAAUAAUCGAAGAAAUAUCCGUUCAAUUCACUAGCGAUGAAGCCCCCUCGGUCAUGUCAUUCUCAGACCAGAAAUUUCUCCAUACGCUUAAAGUUCUUGAGAGGCAACUAGAGCAAUGGAGACGGGAAACUUUGCCGGAGCACUAUUCUCCCAUCAUGAAGCAAUGCGAGUGUAUUAUCAAUCUCUUCCUUCAUGAGAAUGCAAUGCACGUCGAAUUCAACAAGGAUGAUCCCAAAACGGCAAAUGACGACCUCACAAGCCCUACCAUCCCAGCUCACAUAAACGCCCUAAGUGCCUGCCUCACCUCCAUUCACGAUGCCCUUGAUACUCUCUGCUCUAUCGACCCCAAGGAUCUGGUCUUGGCACCCACUGUCGCCCUCGCCCGAACCUCCUUCGCCGUCGUCGCCCUCAUCAAGAUCUACUCCAUUGUCUCCAGCCCAGACACCCGCCUGGGCCAGGUCAUAGAAAUAAGCAGCCUGAAAACAGAGUACUAUCUGGACAAAGUAAUCCGUCAUUACACCAAGGCAGGCGAAUUUCCUGGCGGCCGAACCCCUGCCAAGUUCAGCGUCGUCCUCACCUUGCUCCGGAAUUGGUUCAUGAAACGUAAAGAUCAAGGCCCAGUUCUCAAGGAAGCACUGUCCCUCUACAAGUGUCCAAAGGAGAUUCCCGAUGACGAUGACAGAAACCAGCAACCGCCCAAAACCAGUCAAACGCCCCUCCACCUUCUCAGCGAAGUCGCCAUGGGCGAUCCUCAAAACCGCUCGGCGACCGGGGGCCCAUUCUCAACUACUAGACCAGUCCCCUACACCCCUGGAACUAGCUACACGGACCCCCUCAGUCAAGCACCUGCUACAACUUCAGCGGACCUCGUCUCUCACUCCCUCGGCCCCAGUCCUGGUCCCGCAACAGCCAGCACCACCGACUCCUCCACCGAACCCUGGGCUCAGUAUCCACCUCCACCGCGCCAGUUCUACCCUACGUUCAACUCGGGGUACCAAGAUGUGCAGGGGUAUACUGACCCGAGUGGGAAUGGGGUGGUUAUGCCUGGGGGGCCGAUUCAGGGAUUCUUUGUUCCGGAGUUGGGGGUGCAGAUGGGAUUUGAUCCGGAGAAUUUGGUUGCGUUGGGGAAUAUGUUGGGAGAUGGGUUCUUGAAUUUCCCCUUUCAGACGGAUGGGGGAAUGGGGUUCUAUUGA